AAGAUGGCAACCGACUGGCAGGGCCUGGCGGUGCAGCAAGCUGAACUAAUUUCGAGCCGUGUACGUGAAGUCCUGUCCUUGGGAGUGAAGUUCCUGAAAACCGAGCUUGGCGUAGAACUAGACGUAAAGCCAGAGCUUUGCCCGUCAUGGAUCAUUCUCUCGACUCUAUUCAUCGGUCUGUUUGUGGUGGCCACACUUACGUGGGUAGCGGCCUGCAGCGUUGGAAGAAAGAGAAGACCUAUCGUGAGUGAGAGUAACGUUAGUGAUGUUGUAAAGGCCUCGGUGACAAAGAUAAUCAAAACCGAGGAACCCAAGAAGAAGAACAAGAAGAAAUCCACCGACAAGAAACCUCAGCCAAACGGUCGGACUGCAUCAGAACCACCCGAUGAGGUCAAAGUCGCUGAACACACCCCCAAGGCGCAAAUUGAGAGUAAACUUGACAAGGUGAAGAAAAACAAAAAGAAAGCUAAACUUGAGGUUAAACCAGCCCAGGCCCCUCUGCCAUCAUCGGAAGGCAAAGAGCCAGAUGAAGGCAACUGGGAGACAAAGGUCAGUAACAAGGAAAGGCGACAGCAGCGCAAGAAAGAGAAAGGCCCAAACGAUGAGAGUCCUGGAGGAAGGGAUAGGAGUUCUCACCAGGGGGAGCCAGCUACAUCUGCAGCAACAAUCUCCCUGGGAUCCAGGAAGAACAGAGAUUCAGCACAUGCUAAGGCUGGUAAGGCUGACUCUGCUGUGGGCCAAGCUGCUGGCACCUGGACUGAGGCGCCGUCGGUGAACGGCAGAGGAUGGACAGACCCCACUUUGAAACUGGGAUCACCAGUGAGCCCUUCAGACAGUGAGAAGUGGUCACCCAUGAUGAAGCCAUCUGGCCACAGGAACCCUGAGCCGCUGGGUUGGACCCAGGAGACGGACGGAGGGUCUUGGAGCGGCAUGGAUGGGCGGUUGAAGGGUGAUCUCAGCCCUGUGAACUAUGUGUUGGGCCUGAACUCUGGUGGCGAGCCCAUGUCCCAGCCAACAGCAGACCUCCAGUGGGACCGUUUAGCCAGUGUCGACGAGUGGUCCGGCUUCAAUGGUUUGGCUGCAGUGGAUCCCACCUCUGAUUGGAACGCCCCGACAGAGUUGUGGGGAAAUUAUGAGGAACCGGCAGUGGACAUUGCGGCCCCAACAGCAGCAGCGGUCAACCAGCAGUCGAUAGACUCAGAUGAUGACAAAGAGAAGGGUGAUGGAGGAAUUGCAAAAUCCAAGAAGAAGAAGAAAAAGAAGAAGAAACAAGAGGAGGGUGAUACUGCAGAGAUGGAGAGUGGGUCAUCCAAGCCACAUUCAUACACAGCUAUGGGAGAGGCAGGAUCUGGCAAACAGAGCACUGCUCCUCCAGCAGUUCAGAAAAAAACGGAACAGAACACAGAACCUCCGAGGCAGAAGAAGAAGGCCAGAAGGGAGACAUGAUUGCAGGGCUGGACAUUAUGCAAAUGGGUGUCCUCAUGCAAUAAUCACACAGUGCAGAUUUUUUAUGCCAGAAAACACUGACUGUGCUCUUCAGAAAUCCAAAAAAAAGCACACUAAAAAAACAUGACAUGCUGAGUUGGAUCCGUACAGUAGACGAACGCUGCAGAACUUGCUGGUCCAGAGAGCUGAAUAGUUAACGACGUGCACUACAAGCCACCCUUCAGAGAGGAAAGGUUUCUAGCUAUCGUGGUCCUCUUUUUUUUUGCUGUGGGUGACAAGAAUACAAAUCAUUCUUUUUUUUAUCUCUAUGAUUAGUACUUCUGAAAGCUGUGUCUUAUAGCUAAUGUGAAACUUUCCUGGAAACACGAAAGACAUUUUAAAAAGAACAUGUUUACUUUGAAUGUUUCUUCUCUCACCUUUCUGUGGUAUUUUUGUACUGGUAAUUUGCACGCAUGUAGUGUUGGUACUACAGAUGUGUAGUCGUCAGUAGGGCUUCCCCUCUAGAAAGGCGCGGAGACAGCGGAAGCCAGAUGCACUGCAGGUUAAACAGUAGGGGGCAGCAGAGUCUUAUGGUCUCAUUGAGGAGUCAGAGGGACGAUCCCAGUAUGACAGAGUCCUUUAACCUGUCAUAGGGCUCCAUUUACAUACACACACACACACACACACGCACACACACACACACACACACACACACACACACACACACACACACACACACACACACACACUACAUAUGUCCUCCAUGUUUUUAAAAGUCUGACUUACUUAUAUGAGAUCUGGCCUCCAUUGUACAUAUGUGUGCAUAUUCAUAGUUUAUCAAAUGUUUGAAUUGAAUAAGGAAAUGCCAUCCUUGGUUCCGAGCUGUUCUGUGAUAUGUUAGCUUUUUACCUUUUAGAUGUGUUAUGUUUUUCUUUGUAUGGCAUCCUCCAUGUUCUGUCCAAAGGGCUCUCUCCUUUGGUCUCUGUGAUCGCACUGUGCCACUGGCUGUACUGCACCUUUGGUGUUAUUUGGCUUUAUUUUUUAUUUUUUUGUGAAAUGUGAAAGGUUUGCCUUGGAUUUGAGGUAUUGAUGUAAUAUUAGAGGAUUGCUUGAGCAACUCUGAAGUCCAUGUCUCUGACACUUCUAUCAGGUCAAUUCUGUUGCCUUAACCUAUAGUUUUAUAGUUCAAUCUUAAUUUGUUUUGUUGAUUGUUUUGUAUUUCUUGAACUGUAGAAGUCCCUAUUGCAGGCUAUGACUGCACUGCUCAGUCUUUAGUGGGAUUUAUGUCAGAACAGCACUUAUUCUUGCAUGAAUUUGAUAUACAGUAUAAAAUAUCAUUAAAUACCAUGGUCAUCAUAUCAUUUGCCUGUUUACCAUCCACUGUAAAUAUUCUUUUAUGAGUACUAAGGGUCCUCAGAGACAUCGAGCGCGGGCCAAAUUGGAUUGAUUUUUCAUGUCAGCUUUUGUGAAGUUGAGGUUUUUAAGCAGUCAUGAUUGAGAUCCUGUGAUGGUGUUCUGCCCUUGACUAGUUGUGGAUCUCAGAGGUGCAUUCAGGUCCUGUGCUAGAGGUGACAUCUGCUUGUGAGGGGUGAGGCAAGAUAUCACCUUCCUUUAUGCGUCUGUUAACCCAGGCCUGCUGGUUUUAUGGAUUCGAGAUAACUAUGUUUACUGAAGUUGCGGCAAUAUUUCUAUGUUGAUUUGUUAAAAUAAAUUUGAUCUACGAAACCA